AUGGGGGCCGCUCAAUUCUCAAACAAAGAAGAGAUGGAGCAUGAGGCCUGGAAAAAGCACCUUGAAAAGCAAUACGAUGGACAUCGGCACUGGUCGAGUGGUGUCUGGGCCAAACGGCCACCCACCCUCACUCCCAGCCAACUGAAUGACCGCAUGGUCGAGCUUGAGCACGAAGAACCGACCGUUCAUAAGCGCCGAUACCUCAAUUCAAACGGAGUUGAUGACCACGAGAAAUUCCUCGACUUGGAUACUUACUACAGCACGAACAAAGAGUUCCCCCGUCGACUAGUCGUGCAAGCGACAGCAGAUGCGCAGAAAGAUGCUCGGCCAAGGCACUGGAGUCAAAGGAAUAUCGAUGGACGGACGCCAUUUAUCAUUCGGUUAUCGGAACUUUGUCUGAACCCGUUCAACCUCAAAAGAUACGAUUCCGGCUAUGUUGAUAAGAGCAAGAGCGAAGAUCCGAAUGCGCCACUGCCGCUGAAGAGGACCGGAAUUCGGCAUGUUAGGAUGAUCUGCCUUCGCGUCAUGCACCAUAUCAUGUCGAUAUUUUUUACCUUGACAUUGGCGUGGGUCAUUCAGGUCUUGCUCUCCGCCGACAUCAUUACCGAGCCAUGGAGCAAGGAAGGCUCGUCAGAGGACUACACGGAUUACGACAAUGUACUCUGGGAAUGGCCCAAGCACGCUAUCAAUUUUUUGGAACAGUCGCAGGAUAACGAGAAACCGCAAACAAGCCUCACCAGGCUCAUGAUUCCUCGCCGUCUGGUGGUGUGGGACGAAGAGAAGAAAGCUUAUAUAGCCAAAGAUACUUCCGAGCUCCGGGACAAAGUGACAGGAAUGCUGCCACCCUAUGUUUUCCUGAGUUUCUCACGAGGAAACUAUCCCAGAGGAGACGAUGUUCUCAGGCCUUUUUUCCACAAUGUGGCUCAAAGCGUCUUGCAUGAAGAGAAUAAAGAGAACGCCCAUCGAGAUCCAAAAGAAGAACCUAUCAAAGCGUUCUGGGUGGAUGUUGACUGUGUCAGUCACGAGAACCCAGCCAUCAAGGCUAGGGAUAUCAACUCCAUUUGUGAUGCGGUGCGCUGUGCUAGGCGUGUAUAUAUCAUGCUGCCAGGUGAGAGCCAGGAGGACAAGCGGACGUGGGGGAAGCGAGUCUGGACUUUGCCUGAGGUUCUCCUUGCGGCUGAGAAGAUUCGAUACUGCAUCACACCCCAAUGGAAGGACUGGCCUUCAUCCAUGGGGAAUAUGCCCACGGAAAAUAAAUUUGGGUCUGUCUCGUUGAACGACAUGUACAACAGUUUUUGGCCGAGUUUUAAGCCCAUUUCUACUGUAUCCACUACCGAUAGCCAUGGGGAAGGGCGACCCGAGGAUGCAAUCAGCCACCUUAUUGAUCACUAUACGAACCGGACUAAGCUCAGUGAACUACAACUGUUUACCUUUGCUGUUCAAGCUAUGGCAAAAUUGUUUACUGGAGAGGAUGAAGGUUUUACCACCGCGAGCAUGGCCUACGCUGCGAUGGGUCUCUUGGCCUAUCGCAUCACGCCCGAUAAAGAAGAUGAUACGUUCCAAGCCAUUGCGCGCUUGUCGCUUGUGAAUGAUAGCAACCAGAUGCUGGAGCGUCUUGUCAGUCUGUGGCCGAAGUACACGCCGGAUGUCCCAGGAACAUCCAAGGUUCAAGGAGAAGAACGAUAUGCCGUUGCUGGUAGCGAAGCUCUUCUCAGAAAUAUCGCGGAUCAAGAUCAAUAUUCCGUUCAUCUUUGGGAUAUCCAUCCUUUAUGCGAUGUGGUCGGUAUUGGGAACGACAAGUUCGCUCCGACAGUUAUCCUGGACCGGUGCCGCGGCAUUCCUAUCCGAUGGAAGAGCUUCCCAAAAGUGAGAUACGUACAAAACUUUGAAGGCUUCCGCGAAUGUAUAUCCCAAUUCGUGGUGUGGAUCGGUGCCUCGUUCCUGCUGAUGGGUUUCAACCUCUUCGCAACCGUUGUCUCGCUUGCCUUCGCAAGCGUGGACGAUGGAACCACCAUCAGCAUCAACAAAUACAUGCUUGGUAUCCUGGUAUACCUCGGUAUCGCCUGGGUAAUCUCCUGGUUCAGCCCGAGAGCAGUCCGACGCCUAUGCAGCGGAGGAUCCGGACUUUCCUGCCAUUUAGUCGGAUUCGAAGGCACAAUGACGCUCCGCGAGAUUGAGAAAGCUAUCUACGGCAAUUUCACUGGCCGGCUUUCUUAUGCGCCUUCUUCUACAAUAUUCUCCCAUAAAAUCCGUCACGGCAAAUUUCGAAUGGGCGUUGAGCCUCGUGAUUCACAUGGUGAUCCGCGGGGCCCUGAACACUGGGAACAGCAAAGAAAGGAACACGGUAUUCCCGACACGCAUCGCUUAUUCACUAUCGUUGAUACGGGUGAUAUGAGCGUGUCGGUCAUUGCGGCUGAGCGACCACCGGUCGUGGCUUUGAUCUGUGGACGUGAGGGUGGUAUGGUGCGGGCGCUGUUGUGCAGCUGGAGAUUCGACAAGAAUUGUUUGUAUCGGGAAUGUGUCGUGCGCAUGCGGAGCUCGAUUCAGGAUCAGGCUCAGCCAAAUGACUGGUUGAAGGUUAGCCUGGCUAGUCAGGGUGAGGUUAGCCGGACUCGGUUGAGAUAUGCUCAACAGGAGAAGAAGGCUUCGCUUUUUGCGCCUUCAGUGUCGGUGCCUCCUACUCCUCCUCAGAAAGAUACGUUGGUACAGAGAGUUGUUACCGAGCUACCGUCUUAG